AUGCCUACCACUUUUGCGGCCGACUACGUCUCGCUCCCUGGUGGGCGGAAGAUCUACUACAUCCACUCCAAGCCGCAGCAGCCAUCGUCCAAGGCUCCUGUGGUGGCCAUUCACGGUCUGGGCGGCUCGUCGAGCUACUGGCUACCUGCUCUGCAGGCUUCGGGUCUCGGCGAUGACCGCGAGCUGUACGCGUAUGACCUGGACGGACACGGCAAGAGCGACUGGUCGGGACGCCAGCUCGCCAUGGCCGACUAUGUCGAGGACCUAGAGCAAGUGCUCGCCGCACUCCAGCUCUCCAAGGUUGUUCUUGUGGGCCACUCGAUGAACGGUACUGUGACAUCGUUGUUCACCGAGAAGCAUCCAGAGAUGGUGGAGAAGCUCAUCCUCUUGCACCCCGUUCGUAACCUCCCGGCCGCGGCCAAGGACAACAUGCGAGGACGUGCUCAGGCUGCCUCGACUGCUGAGGGCCUCGCGGGUAUUGCCAACGUCGUGGCUGCGACUGCUGUCGCAAAGGUUACCGCUGCUGGUGACCUUACCACUUGCGCCUUUAUCCGCCACCUCGUCGCGACCACCAACCCCGCCGCGUAUGCUGCUGCCUGCAUCGCACUGUCUGAGAUUCCAGCGGUUUCGGCCGCCAACCUCCAGGUCCCGCUCCACAUUAUCGGCGGCGAGGAGGACUACCUCGCUGGUCCUGCGGCUGUGGCGGCAUGGGCCGCAGAGGUUCCCAACGGGCAGGGCACUUGUGUCGUGCUCAAGAACGUCGGUCACUGGGGAGCGGUCGAGGCUCCACUGAAGGUCGGCAAGUCGGUCGCCCAGGCCCUCGCACCAACAAGCUACAACCUGCUCAUGGGCACCUUCCGCUCCCCGUACCUUUACACCCUCGGAUUUGACACUGCCAAGGGCAAGCUGGACCUGCAGCACACCAACAAGGCUGUGGGCGGUCACAACUGGCUCGACGUGUCGCGCGACGGCAAGACCUUGUACACCACCAACUGGGGUGAGGUCCCAUCCGUCUCGUCUUACGCCAUCGUCCCCUCCAAGGGCGACGCUCCCAAUGGUACGGCCAACGGCGUUCCUAACGGCACUGCUUCGGCUUACCCCGUGACGGAGCUCAAAGAGACUGUCACGUCCAAGUACCUGUCUGGAUACGUGUGCUCAAACGACAAGGCGGUGUACUCGGCCUGUGGACCCCAAGUGGACGUCUUCCUCCUGGACAAGAGCGGACAUCUCAAGCAGGAGGCAGCUGUCCAGAGCUUCAGCCUCGUCAGCGAGGACGCGAUGCACAAGGGCAACACCCAGAUGGACUUUGGAGGCCUCCGCCACGGUGGCCACUCUGCCGACCUGUCGCCAGACGGCACAAAGCUGUAUGUGGCCGACAUUGGUCGUAACUGCGUCUGGGUCUAUCACGUCGACCUGGCCACUGGUCUCCUGACCGAGGCGUCCAAGAACAUUGCCACGCGCCCCGACGACGGCCCCCGUCACUGCUGGCCUCACCCGAACGGGUCCAUUGUCUACACGCUGCAGGAACACUCGUCAUACGUCGACGUCCUGCGUCUGACAGACGACGCCAAGCUCGAGUGGCUCGAGGGCGGCUUUAUCCUGCCCCCCGGAGAUGACUGCAAGAAGUACUGGGCAGACGAGGUCCGUCUCUCCCCUGCUGCUGAUGUGGUCUUUGGCUCGGUCCGUGGUCUUGAAGCCCACACCAACGGCUAUGUGACGGCCUGGCGUCUCAACCCCGACGGUCGCCUCGCCGACCCUGUAGGCGCCGACAGGGGCGACGCGACACACCGCUUCAAGACGCGCACGUCUGGCGGUUGGGCCAACGCCAUUGCCGUCUGCCCCAACCUCGGCCCCCGUGGCGAGGUCUUCUUGAGUCUGACAGACUCCGAGGAAGGAUUCAUCCAGGUUCUCUCGUACACUGCAGAGGACGGUUUCAAGGUCGUGGACGAGGUCCGCGUGGGCUCCAAGGAGGAGCAGGUUGGUGCCAGCGUCGCAGUCUGGCUGUAG